AUGGCUCCAGGUCCCUCCUUCUCGACCUUCUUGACACACUUUUUUCCGCCCAAGCCCGAAUUCACCGACAAGGAGGUCCCAGACCUGACCGGCAAGGUCUGCGUGGUGACGGGGUCCAACACGGGCAUUGGCAAGCAUGUUGCUCGAUUCUUGUACAUCAAGAAUGCCAACGUCUAUAUGGCAUGUCGUUCAGAGGAAAAGGCCCUCAAAGUUAUCGAGUCCAUCAGGACAGACCAGGCCUGCGUCAGGUCUAGCGGAGAGCUGGUCUUCCUGCCGCUUGACUUGAGCGAUCUACCAAACACGAAGACCGCGGCCCAAACCCUCAUUGAAAAGGGGCAAAAGAUCCAUCUCUUGUUCAACAACGCAGGAGCCAUGGUCGGCCCCGGUGAGCCAAUUCCAAGAACCAACCAGGGGUACGAACUCGGACUGGGCGUCAACUGCCUCGCCACCUUGCUCCUCACGCAGCUGCUCACGCCCACGCUGGCGGCCACCGCCAAGGCCGAGCCGCAGCCCAACACGGGCGUGGGCGUCCCCCUGGACAACCUCGACUUCCACGAGCCAAUGGGCCACACCGAGCGGUACGGGCUCAGCAAGACCGGCGUGCCCAUCGAUCCUGGCAACCUCCGGUCGGAGCUGCCCCGAGACCAGGGCAUCGUGAUCAAGAUUGCUGCCACGUUGCUUGGGUAUCCCGUCGUCAAUGGCGCUUACACCGAGCUGUAUGCUGCCUUCUCGCCGGAUGUGACAGUCGACUCCGACUGGUCUCAGGAUGCUCUCAACCCAACGGACCACAAGUUUGUCACGCAUUUCACCCAGCCGGGCGCCCUAGUCGGCUGUGACUACUGUGGCAUCGUUGUCGACGUCGGCACUGCAGUGGCAGCCGCUGGCCGCGUUUCACCGGGCGACCGCGUCUGUGGAGCCGUCUUUCCUUAUGACAAUGGAAAUGAUGCCGAGGGCGAGGUGAGGAGCGGGUCCUUUGCCCAGUGGCUCGUGGCUGAUGCCCGCGUGCUCCUGCGUGUGCCAGAGUCGUGGGGCGAUCUCGAAGGUGCAGUAUUGGGUGGUGUAGGCUGGGGCACCGUCGGUCUUGCAUUGUCUGGGCCGGACGCUCUAGGUCUUCCAGGUCUUCCGUCGCAGCCGGCCGAUGUUGAUGAGAAGGUUGGCGACAGAGAGCCGGUGUUGGUCUAUGGUGGCGCGACGGCAACUGGUACCAUGGGGUGUCAGCUCCUGAAACUGUAA